AUGACUGAGGACGAGAUUGUUGCAUGUGACAUCAAUUGUCCUGUGGAGGCCAAGUGGGACGAGUCACAAUCGAAUCGUGACCAAGAGUCAAAGAUCAACCCGAGUGACUUGGACGGGUCCGAAGACCCAGACAAGCUUGACGAGCCAAACAGGUCUGAUCACCCGGACAAGUCUGAAGCCCAAGACGAGCCUGACGACCCAAACGGGCCCGAAGACCCGAACCAGCCCAACAAACUGGACGGGUCUGAAGACCUAGAUGUGCCUAAUGACACAGACAGGCUUGGUGACUCGGACAAGCACGAUGACCCGGACGACCUUGACGAUUCAGACGGGCUCAACGACAUGGAUGAGCCCGAAAACCCGAACAUACCCGACGACUCGAACGGGCCUGAUGAUCUAGAUAAGCAUGACGACAUGGACGAGCCUAAUGAUUCGGACAAGCCUAACGAUUUGGACAAGCCUGACGACACGGACAAACAAAACGAUUUGGACGGGUCGGACGACCCCAACGACCCUGACGGGCCCGACGAUCCAGACAGGCCCAUCGGGUUUGUCAGACUCCUCUUGGUCAUUGGGUCCGUCUAG